AUUAUAUUCUUGACUAUAAUCCCAAAAAUGGUGGCUGGGCAGCUCAUAUAUUCCAUCUCAGAAGAAGUAAUCGCUGGCACUCCUAUUGGAAAUAUAGAAAAGGACCUAAACCGUAAUAUUAAAGACUUGGAACACCGCAUGUUUCAGAUCGUUCCUGGAUCAAAGAAAAAAUUCUUCGAGGUAAAUCUGAAGACUGGUGUUCUCUAUGUAAGUGAGAGAAUAGACAGAGAGGAGCUUUGCGCAGAGGAAAUUAAAUGUACACUCAGUAUAGAGGCUGUAAUAAGUAGCCCUUUAAAGCUUUAUCGUAGUGAUGUUAACAUUUUAGAUGUAAAUGACAAUGAUCCGUCCUUUACUACCAAAUUCCAACAUUUGUAUAUUGCCGAGAGUACUUUGCCUGGGGUGAUAUUCGCAUUAUCUGAAGCGACCGAUGCAGAUGUGGGGAGACAUGGGAUCAGUACCUACAAACUAAGCCCGAGCGAACAUUUUUCUUUGGCAGUUAACAAAGCGGGAGACAGUGUGUCUCCUGAGUUAGUGUUGCAGAAACCAUUAGACAGAGAAAGGCAGGCUGUAAUCACCAUGACACUGACAGUGGUAGAUGGAGGGAGUCCGCCUAAAUCAGGCACCUCACAGCCCGUUGUUAAUGUAUUAGACAAUAAUGAUAACAUCCCGAUCUUCAGUGAGUCUCUGUAUAAAACACGAAUUCACGAAAACACGCAGCUGGGCACAACAGUAAUCACUGUAAAUGCAACCGAUUCAGAUGAGGGCCUUAACAGUGAGAUAGUUUAUUCGUUAAGAAGCAAGGAUCAAGAUCGCGUACAUGACAUCUUUGAAAUUGAACGUGAGACUGGUGUCAUUAAGGUAAAAGGAAAUAUUGACUUUGAAGAAAGGAAGGCUUUUGAAGUGCGUGUAGAGGCCACUGAUAAAGGGCAGCCCCCGAUGUCUGCUCACUGCAAGGUGCUUGUAGAAGUAGUGGACCUUAAUGACAAUGCGCCUGAAGUCGCAGUCACGUCAUUACGUAACACAGUAAAAGAGGACGCUACUCCAGGGACCGUAGUUGCACUCGUUUCAGUUUUGGACAAAGAUGGUGGAAGCAAUGGUGACGUGAAAGCGAUGAUUAAAAAUGAGGUCCCGUUCAAACUUGAAACCAACUACAAAAAUUAUUAUUCUUUGCAAGUUGAUGGGCCACUUGACCGGGAGCGUGUCUCUAACUUUAACAUCACCAUAGUUGCUAAUGAUAAAGGGAGCCCUUCACUAUCAAGCACAAGUAUAGUUUCCAUACAGGUUUUUGAUGUUAAUGAUAAUGCACCACAGUUCCCCGAGUCAAUCAUUAAUAUAUAUGGGAAAGAGAACAGCGCAGUGGGGACAGUAAUAAAAACAGUGACUGCAGCUGAUGCUGAUAUUGACAAGAACAGCCAGAUGAGCUACUCGUUCUUACAAAGCAAUGGGAACACUUUUUCGUCAUCCACAAUGGUGAAUAUCAACGCAGAAACUGGAGAAAUAGUGAGUCUGCAGUCGUUUAACUAUGAAGAGAUGAAGAUGUUCAGGUUUAAAUUGAAGGCCACAGACUCUGGUGUCCCUCCACUAAGCAGCAACGUGACUGUCAACGUUUUAAUUCUGGAUGAGAAUGAUAACAGCCCAGCAAUUCUAGCCCCUUAUUCUGAACAUGGCUCUCUUAUCAGCGAGACUAUACCCUAUACUGCUGAAGCAGGGUAUUUUGUGGCAAAGAUCAGGGCUGUGGACGCAGAUGCUGGAUACAAUGCUCUACUGUCUUAUUAUCUGUCCGAGUCUAAAGGAAACAACUUAUUCAGGAUCGGAACCAGCACCGGGGAAAUCAGGACUAAGAGGAGAAUGACUGACAAUGACCUGAAAUCUCACCCCUUGGUGAUUUUGGUGUCUGAUAAUGGAGAACCCUCUCUGUCAACUACUGUUUCUAUUGAUGUAAUGGUGGUUGAAAGCAUUUCUGACAUGCAGACUCCCUUCACACAUGUGCCUGAAAAGGAGGACAACUUUUCUUAUUUGAACCUGUAUCUGCUGAUCGCCAUUGUGUCGGUGUCAGCGAUCUUCCUGCUGAGUUUCAUCAGUUUAAUAGCUGUCAGAUGUCACAAAACCGACAGUGGAUUCAGCAGGUACGGCGCCCCGAUGAUCACCACCAACCCUGAUGGGAGCUGGUCUUAUUCUAAAGCUACUCAGCAGUAUGACGUGUGUUUCAGCUCAGACACACUGAAGAGUGACGUGGUGGUUUUCCCCGCACCAUUUCCUCCUGUUGAUGCAGAACUCAUUAGUAUUAAUGGGGGAUACACUUUUACCAGGACUCAGACUUUACCCAGUAAAGAUAAGGCUAGUGACAAAGGCCAGCCGCCGAUGUCUGCUCACUGUAAAGUGUUGGUAGAGGUGAUGGACGUGAAUGACAACACUCCCGAGAUCACUGUAACAUCACUGUUAUCAACAGUGAAAGAAGACGUGCAGAUGGGAACAGCUGUUGCGCUUGUUUCUGUGUUGGACAAAGAUGGAGGGAAAAACGGUGCAGUCAAGGCUGUUAUUAGAAACGAGACCCCAUUUAAACUGGAUACCAAUUAUAAGAAUUAUUAUUCGUUAGUAGUGAAUGGUCUGCUGGAUAGAGAGACUAUACCUGAGUACAAUGUCACCAUAGUCGCAGCUGAUGAAGGGACUCCGCCGCUUUCCAGCACCACAAUCGUCCAUAUUCACGUUUCUGAUGUCAAUGACAACCCCCCUCAAUUUUUGGAACCGAUACUUAAUGUUUUUGUGAGAGAGAACAGUCCAGUAGGAGCAGUUAUUAAAAAACUGUAUGCAGUUGACGAAGACGUUGAUGAAAAUAGUCGGAUAAGCUUUUCAAUUGUAGAAAGUGAUAAUAACGCAUUUCAUUCAUCUUCCAUGGUAAACAUCAACUCAGAGACUGGAGAUAUAGUCAGUCUGCAAUCUUUUAACUUUGAGGACUUGAAAAGGUUUCAGUUUAAAGUUCAGGCCACAGACUCUGGUGUUCCUCCUCUUAACAGCAGCGUGACCGUGAACGUUUUUAUUCUGGAUGAAAAUGACAACAGUCCCGCGAUUCUUGCGCCUUAUUCUGAUCACGGAUCCACUUACAGUGAGACCAUCCCCUAUUCUGCUGAAACGGGAUACUUUGUAGCCAAGAUCAGGGCCGUGGACGCCGACGCUGGAUACAAUGCGCUGCUUUCUUAUCAUCUGUCUGAGCCAAAAGGAAACAAGUUGUUCAGGAUCGGAACCAGCACCGGAGAAAUCAGGACCAAGAGGAGAAUGAGUGAUUAUGACCUGAAAACUCACCCUUUGGUGGUUUUGGUUUCGGAUAAUGGAGAAGCCUCUCUGUCAACUACUUUGUCUAUUGAUGUCAUGGUGGUUGAAAACACUGCUGACAUCCAGACUCCGUUCAGACAUGUACCUAUUAAGGAGGACAAUUUUUCAGAUUUGAACCUGUAUCUGCUGGUCGCAAUUGCGUCGGUCUCAGUGAUUUUCCUGUUGAGUCUCUUCAGCUUAAUGGCUGCCAGAUGCCGAAGGACAGACGGAAGUUUCAGCAGGUACAGCGCCCCGAUGAUCACCACCAACCCUGAUGGGAGCUGGUCUUAUUCUAAAGCUACUCAGCAGUAUGACGUGUGUUUCAGCUCAGACACGCUGAAGAGUGACGUAGUGGUUUUCCCCGCCCCAUUUCCACCUGUAGAUGCAGAACUAAUCAGUAUUAAUGAAGGAGACACUUUUACCAGAACGCAGACUUUACCCAACAAAGACAAGUGUAUCUGUAGUUAUAUCAUAUCACCACAUGGCGUCACUAAAGACCGUGACAUCCGGGAACUGUGUCAGACAGCAUGA